UGGAGGAGACAGGAAGUGAGGCAUGGGUCUUUAUAAGCGCUGCUGUACCUAGGUGAGAGGAGCUGGAGACAGGCCACAUGACCAGGUAGAGACUUGUGGAGACCAGGCGGCAGGGCCCUGGGAGACAAGAUUCUCCUUCAUAGCUGCCAUUUGGAUUCACCUGGAUUCACCCAUUUGAUCAUCUCAUGGAGCAUCAUCCAGAGCUCAGGGGCCAGGGUGCCACAGGGCACGAGGUUCAGGGGUUCACCGCCCCCCCAAGUUUCCUGAGAGUAGAGCCCCUCUCCAGCCUGUGCAGGGCCUGGAAUGUCUGCUUCCGCAACUUCAGUGCAGAGGGCCUGAACCCCCUGCAGCACCUGAGCACCCUCCAGGGGCUGUGCCGGAACUGGCUGCGCCCUGACCUGCGCUCCAAGGAGCAGAUCCUGGACCAGCUGGUGCUGGAGCAGUUCCUCAUUUCCAGCACCCCCGAGUUGCAGGCCCUGGUGCUGGAGCGUGGGGUGCAGACAUGUGCUGAGCUGGAGCACCUGCUGAGGAACCUGGAAGCACCCCAAGACCAAGACCACAGUGCACCCCAGAAAUGGACCAUCUUGGACAAUUCAGAAGCAACCUUUCUUAUGCAAAACAGGAAUAAGGAGAUGACACCAGUGGGGGCCAGUGGCCUGGACAGUCCAUUUGAAUUGGCCAUGAAUGUCCAGGCACCCCUGAGCCAUGAGCCUCAGGAGAGUAGACCUCAAGCCCUCCCGGAGCAUAAGAAACUCAUGGAAGAUAAGGCUCAGGAACAAGAUGUUAUCCUGAUAGGGGUUACUUCAGAAAACAAGGAUGGGAGAGCCCCCCAGAAGCUGGAGCCUGAGUUGAAUGGUGAUAGACAAGAGCCAGCAGGGGAGGCAUCUCUGAAGUCUCAGCCCCCCCAGAGCGAUGCUGUGAAGACAGUGGUCAGGAGUCUCACCCGAGGAGGAGCUGGCAGGAGGCAGAGAACCCACACACCCGCCCCCCAGGACGAAAAGAAAGCCUUCUCUGGUCCGAACAGGGCUGAGGGGCCGCCCCAGGGGCAGCUGCAGCGCUCCCAGCGCAGGCAGGGAAGAACUUCUGCCCGGGGCAGCUCGGCAGAUGUGGGUACGGGAGGAACCGCAGGGUCCCCCCGGCCACCUAGUUGUAAGCGCCCCCUCGAAACGGUGGUAGAACCCAGCAGUCACUCCCACCGACAGGAGUCUGACAGCCAGUUGCGGUUCUCCUGCCAGCACUGCGCCAAACAAUUCUUCAACAAGUCCCGCUUGGAGCUGCACCUGCGCUCGCACGAGGGGGAGCGACCCCCGGACCCGCAGUGUCCCCCAAGCUCCGACAAGGAGGUGACCACGGAAACGUCCCAACCCUCCAGCGUUCCCAAGAGCGCCCCUGCCCAGGCCCCACGCACCUCCUCGCAGGAUUGGCCCUUCCAGUGCCCCACCUGCAACAGGGCCUUCAAGUACAUGGGGAGCCUGACCCUGCAUCUGCGCACCUACCACGGGUCUGAGAAGAAGGUUCCAGAUGCUGGCACAGGCACAGAACCUCCCCGGGACUCCUGAGCCCACAGAGGCUGAGUGUGGGUCAGGCCCUGGAAGCAGGUGGCUCCUUCAAGGUGUCUUCAGAUGACCUAGCAGGGCUGGGGACGCAGCAUGCUAGUUCUGCAGAGACUCUACAAAGCUGCCAGGUUCAUCCUCUGCACCUCCAGAAGCCAGACAUGAGCAGCGUUCUAGAAAUACCUACAGAGAAGCAAAUAUGCGAUCUAUCCUAACCAUUCAACCUCCCCACCACCACUAAUCAUUUAUUACUGAGGGCAAGGGGGACUCAGGACCUCUAGCUGCCUCAAGUGUUAAUUUGUGUAUGUGUGGAAUGUUUUUUUUUUUUUUUUUAAGUUUUUCUUUUUUAACAUCUUAUUUAUUAUUGAGACGGGUGACAACUGCAUCACUGAGGAUUGAAUUUGCGACUUUUAAGUUUGAGAGUCCAAAGCUUUUAUCUACUGAGUCAGCUUCCGGGCAGCUGUGUGUAUAGUUUCUAUUUGAUUCUUGGAUAAAGUGAAAACAAAGAAAAAGCAAGAGAGUAGGGCACCAAAGUGAAAACCCUGUGGUGAGGGGGAGGGUGGACAUUCAGCGUCCUGGGCUGGGUGGGAUGGGACGUAGUCUUUUGGUGGUGGGAAUGGUGUUUAUGGACACUCCUAUUAAAGUGUAGUCAUAUAAACCACUAUUUAAUUAAUAUGAGAGGGGAAAAAUUGACCAUAUGUCUCAAACUUUUUAAAACACAGACUUGAGUCUUUUUAAUACAUAGGCUGAGUCUUUGAUAAUUUGACUCUCAAGUCUAGACCAGGUAGAACAGAAGCAACCGGUGGCACAGCUAUAUACAAGAUGCUGGGUAUUAUACAGCAAACCCUAACAAAGGGACUUUUCAAAGUUAACCCAAUUACCAAAUAAUGUGAUGAUAACAAUAACUAUCCAUUGUCUUCUUGAACCCUAAGACAGCAGGAACCUCACAUUUCCACUACAGAGCCUAUAUUUCCCCCAGUCCUGGAACCUUAGAGUGGGGUCCACUUUCUUGCAUGCUUCUCUCAAUUCAUAUCAAAUAAUACUUCAUCUGCUGAUCUCAACCUAAUCAAUGCAACGAGUGCCACCCCAGCAUGCUUCACUUCAGACUGUGUCCAGAGACUUCAGGUGUGGAAUGACAACCCUUCAGCUUCAUCACUCGGGUGAGACCUUUCCUUUCAUAGGAUUCUCUAAUUCUAUUCCAGGUGGUCCACUCCCCAACAAAGUCCCUAAACCUAGAUAUAGAUCAGGUGUGUUCAUAUGUGUGCAUAAACUAGGGAAAAAUAUAUACCUGAAAGCAAAAGUACGCAAGAGUCUGCAGUGAGUACCCCCCAACACUUCAUCUGCACUAUUCCAGCCUUUAGGUCCAUGAUUGUUCAACAAUUUGUUUUGCUUUGUAUGUUAACUCUUUUUUCAGCCACCAGGCUCCAGAUGCCAGUAUGAUGCUGACCAGACUUGCCUGGACAGACAACCUCACCAAUGUGUCCUGGAGCUCUGCUUCCCCAGAGCCCCACUCUACUAGGGAAAGAGAGGCAGGCUGGGAGUAUGGAUCGACCAGUCAACGCCCAUGUUCAGCGGAGAAGCAAUUACAGAAGCCAGACCUUCCACCUUCUGCAUCCCACAGUGACCCUGGGUCCAUACUCCCAGAGGGAUAGAGAAUGGGAACCCUAUCAGGGGAGGGGAUGCGAUGGGAUAAGGAGAUUGGGUGGUGAGAAUUGUGUGGAGUUGUACCCCUCCUAUCCUUCAGUUUUUUUAAUGUCUCCUUAAAUAAAAAAACUAAACAAAGAAAAAGCAAGAGUUAAAAAUUCAAAGUUUUUGGUGAGAGCAGAAUAGAUGGUAAAGCAAAAAGACUUUCAAUCAUUUAUUUUCAACCCUCAAGUUUACCAUAGCCAGAACUUUUUAAAUAAUAAUAAACUAAAACUAUGUUAAAGAUUUAAAAACCAUAAACAGAAAGUUUUUAUUCCAGAUUAAAUGUAGCAGGUUGCCAUAUGCUGUGUGAAAUUUAAAAUUUACAGGGCCUGUGUGGUGGUGCUCAGGUUAUAGUACAGAAGGAGCCAGAUUCAAGCCCCCAGUUCCCCCCUGCAGGGGGAAAGCUUCACAAGUAAUGAAACAGGGCUGUAAGUAUCUCUCUCCCUCUCUCUCACCCCCUUCACCCUUUGAAUAAAUUUAAUCUUAUAGUAAAAUUAACAGAUUUCUUCUCCCCUUCAUUUUACUAGUCUAUAAAAUGCACCCAGUAUAUAAACCAGAACUGAGUGGUCUCUCACUGUGACAAAGGACAUUUUGAUCCUGUUGUUUGUAAUUCCUAUUAUUCAUUUGCCAUGUUAAUAGAAUAA